AUGAAUAGUUUGACAGGUGGAUCAAAUGGUAUAGGUGCAGCCACAGUUAGGAAAUUUGUGGCAGAAGGUGCUUAUGUGUACGUUGUUGACAUUGAUGAAGAGGGAGGGGUUAAAGUUUCUGUUGAGACUUGGGAAAGAGUGAUAGCUAUGAAUGUUACAGGAGCUAUGUUAGGAAUGAAGCAUGGUGCAAGGGUCAUGAUUCCACACAACUCUGGUUCCAUACUCUUCAAUUGCAGUGUUUUGGGACUGAUGAAGACUGAUAAUGCCUCUCAUGGUUACAUGGCUUCCAAGAAUGCUCUAUUGGGGUUUGAUGAAGAGUGGUGCAGUGGAGUUGGCAAAGGAAGGAAUAUGUGUGAAUUCUAUGUCAUCCUUUGGGAUUGUGACAAAGAUGAUUGA